UUUAGUUGAUGGGUUGAUCAGAAAAAAAUACUGCAACAAAUCCCAUUCUCAAGCAAUUAAACUUUCAAUUCAAUAAAAAAUAAACGAUGUUUGUGCGAAAAUUGACAAUAAUUAACUGUACAGUGUUACGAGAGCUAGUUUCGUCUUCUCGACACACAAGCCAACCGCUGUGUUCCCGAUUGCCGGCAAUUUUCAGUCAAAACCUCGAUUCACAUCCUGCCCAUCAAACUCAAAUUCGGUGUUAUGCAAAAGGCAAGGAUAGAGGCAAAGAAAAGGGUAAAAAAGGCGCCAAGGUAGAAAUCAACGAGAACCUUUUGCGUGAAACUGUGAACCUUGAUAAUUUGAAUGCACAAAUGAACAAAACCAUCGACCAGAUGAAGGAUGACUUCGUAAAGCAGCUUUCCCUACGCUCCACAACCGGUUCCAUUGAUUCACUCAAAAUCUGCGUCGAUGGAAAGGACCAUGAGUUGCAGGAGCUAGCUCAAAUCUCUAGGAAAAAUCCCAAGACUAUUGUGGUGAAUAUGAUUGCAUUUCCACAGACAAUUCCCGAUGUCUUGAGUGCCAUCGAGAAGAGCGGUAUGAACUUGAAUCCUCAACAAGAUGGCACAACUCUGUUCAUCCCGAUUCCCAAAGUCACCAAAGAGCAUCGUGAGAAUCUCUCGAAGAAUGCCAAGGCCCUAUUCGUCAAGUACCGAGAUGCCAUCAGAGACAUCCAACAGAGCACCAUAAGAAAGGCAAAGAAACAAACGGAUAUUAGCAAGGACGACAUGUAUGCAAUUCAGACUCAAGUCAAGGCUAUUGCGGACAAGUUCAUAGCCGAGGCGGACAAAGUUCUAUUAGCCAAACAAAACGAACUCACCGGAUCGAAAGAUUAAUAUUUUUGUAUGAUUAAGUUUGAAUUUAUAAAUUAAACAAAAAUUAACUCACGUCUUGGUUAGGCAGCGUAUCGAGUGUGAGAAUCUUUUUGAA